ACGAGUGACCUAAGCUCUUCUUCUCUCCUCUGCCUUCUCAUCGCGCCUCUAUCAAAAACAAACUCACGCCGCCGCUUUCUUCCUCCGCCGAUAUCUGUCGUAGCUCCAUUGCCAAUCACACUAACUUCUCUAUACUUAAACCCUUCCCUGCCACCGCUUCAUUUUAUCCUUCAAGGUCUGUAUAUUUCUUCUUUAUUUUAUUUCUCUGCUUCAUAUACUCACACUCUUUCUCAUUACCCAUUUUAUUCACGUCUUGAUCACAAUUAAUAGAUAAUCGAUCAAAGUGAACAACAGAUAGAAAUGAUUGUAGCUAGACAUUUCUCCCCUUCAAAACUUAAACCGCUCUUUUAUUUAUCACUCCUUUCCCAUUGCCAAAACCACUCACAGUCCAAUCAUACCCUUAGAAAAACUUUACCACAUCCAUCAUGUAAUUUGCUUAGGUAUUUCUCUUCACAGCCUGAAAUAUCAGCAUCGAAACAAAAAUUGCCGUUCUCUCGUGAGGGUAAUUACGAUGAAACCACUUCCCAAUCUCUUCAUGUAUGCCCUGGUUGUGGUGUUUGUAUGCAAGACUCAAACCCAAAACACCCUGGUUAUUUCAUUAAACCGUCGGAGAAGGACGUAAAUUAUAAAAUGUAUACCCAUCUUGAACAUGUUGCUGCAGAGCCCGAAUUCUCUAACACUGUUAAAAAAGGGUUUGUUGUUGAACCAGAAAAGCUUGAUAGUAUUAGUGACGCUGACAUGGUUAGAAAACCGGAAAAGCCAGUGGUAUGUGCGCGCUGUCAUUCGUUGAGGCACUAUGGGAAGGUGAAGGAUCCGACUGUGGAGAAUUUGUUACCGGAUUUCGACUUCGAUCAUACAGUGGGAAGGAAGUUGGCAUCAACGAGUGGAAACCGUUCGGUGGUGCUUAUGGUUGUGGAUGCAGUGGAUUUUGAUGGGUCGUUUCCUAGGAAGGUUGCGAAGUUGGUUUCUAAGACAAUUGAAGAUAACUCUUCUGCGUGGAAGCAGGGUAAGUCAGGGAACGUGCCGAGAGUGAUACUUGUAGUUACAAAGAUUGACUUGUUGCCUAGCUCAUUGUCGCCGACGAGAUUGGAGCAUUGGGUUAGGCAAAGAGCUAGAGAGGGUGGAAUUAUUAAGAUUACUAGUUUGCAUAUGGUGAGUGCGCUAAGAGAUUGGGGACUUAAGAAUCUUGUGGAUGAUAUUGUUGGUUUGGCUGGAUCUAGAGGGAGUGUGUGGACUGUUGGGGCACAGAAUGCAGGAAAGAGUACCUUGAUAAAUUCUAUCGGAAAACAUGUUGGAGGGAAGAUUACACAUCUGACAGAAGCACCUGUUCCGGGGACUACACUCGGCAUUGUUAGAGUCGAGGGUGCUCUUCCGAGUCAGGCAAAAUUAUUUGAUACGCCCGGCCUUCUUCAUCCUUACCAGAUUACAACAAGGUUGAUGAGGGAAGAGCAAAAGCUUGUUUACAUGACCAAGGAGUUGAAACCUAGGACAUAUAGAGUUAAGGCUGGUCAUUCGAUUCAUAUAGCUGGUCUUAUGAGAUUGGAUGUAGAAGAAACGUCACUGGAUACUAUCUAUGUUACUGUGUGGGCAUCUCCUUAUCUUCCUCUGCAUAUGGGUAAAGUAGAAAAUGCAACUAAAAUGUUCCAAGAACAUUUUGGGCACCAGUUACAGCCACCAAUUGGAGAGAAACGAGUCGAAGAAUUGGGGAAUUGGGUGAGAAGGGAAUUUCAUGUUGGUGGAAACAGCUGGGACUCGAGUUCUGUAGACAUUGCUGCUGCUGGCCUUGGUUGGUUUGCCAUUGGACUUAAAGGAGAAGCUGUGUUGGGCGUUUGGACUUAUGAAGGAGUUCAUGUUGUUCAUCGAAAUUCUUUGAUACCCUAUAGAUCAAAUACUUUUGAAGUUACAGGAUUUACCGUAUCGAAGAUUGUCUCACAAUCUGACCGGGCUUCAAAUAAGCCACGUCAACAAAAUGACAAGAAGACAAAGCGGAUUGAAUCAAAAUCGCUAUCCAGUUCGGUUGAAUCACCACUAUUGACCUCUGAUGGAGGCAUAUAGAUGUUAAUCGGGAGGAAAGCAAAAGGACUACACCGAUAAUUUCCGACUUACAAAUAUCUCAGUUUUAUAAGAUAGUUUUGCAGUAAUGUCUUAUCCAAUAUAAUUAAGUCAGGUUCCUUGUUUGUUUGAACGAGGUGUCAAAAUAGUUUCAGAAAUAUUUUAUUUUGUGUUUUGUAGUUUAUUAUUUCAGAUCAGAAUUGGUUCUCAAUGUUUAGAUUAGAUCCUUCUGAUUUAGUUGAAGCGGCUUAAUAAGAUUAUUAACUUUGCACCCACAGUGGUUCUCGUUUGAGAAUUUAAAUUAAGCUAUUUAUUUUAAAUAUGAAUA